AUGGACCCUGAAGCGAACCCAGCGACUGCCCAGGCGCCUCCCGAAGAUGCGCCUACCACAGAGGCUCCGAUCACAGAGACGCCUACCGCCACCGCGGGCGCAUGCGAGCCUCCACCUCUUCCAUAUUCCCUGCGAGAUCGAAAGAAGUCCAUCGCGUUCUUCUGGUCGCUGUUCAUCCUAGAUUGCGUUGCUCAACCGCUUGCGUUAUAUUUUGGGCUUUGGUAUGGCACGAAUCUGUCACAUAAUCUGGUCUUUACCAUCGUGACCAUCACGCUAGGCGGUAUCUCCGUCUUCGAGUACUUCUACCGACUCUACAACCUCUUCCGCUCCGAUUCAAGAACCAGACCAUUGAACGCAAGGAAGUCAUGGCUGGAUUUCUUUCAGAUCAACUUCACCAUUGUAUGGUUGAUUUUAGCAGUUGAACUCAUUGUGGGUACGGUACAAGAAGAGCCAUUCGUACGCCUCGUCGCUAUGGUCCUCCCAACAGUGAUGUUCUAUUUCGGAGGCGUCUACCUCUCAUUAGAUAUUCUCCGCGCUUGCGGAUUCCGAGCUCCCUUCCGGAUAUCCUCAACACCAAAAGGAGCAGUCAUGCCAACAGCAUUGUAUGUCCUCAUUGAAGAUGUGGUUGCUGUCGACGGAGGAGGAGGCCAAAUGUACCGCUACGCUCUGCGAACACGGUACUUGUCGAGUCCAUAUUUCCGUCGGAUGCUCGUGCAGAUGAAUUUCUUUUGGGCGGGUGGUUCCAUUGUCUGGGGUGCCGCCAUUACCGCAAUGGUAUUCACAACGCCUCAAGAUGCGGCAUUCGCAAUAGGAUGGGCAGCUCCCUUCGUGUGGGCAGGUAUCUGGGCUCUAAUUACCAUUCCCUGGGUCCAGAGCGAUCUCCGACGUGAGAAGGAAGCGUGGCGGACCAAUGGACCUCAAGGGGGCGAGCCGUAUUUCGACGACAUCAAUGCCCCGAGCGCGAGAACUCGCCUGGAGUCUCUCCACCUGCCGCGUUUCUUUCCGCAAAGACAAGUCCGAGAAAAAAACUCUGCCCCAUCCAUGGCUGAAGUUUAG